UCAGCCCCUUCUGGGUCCCCUUCCCUAUGCCCCCGUCAGCGUCCUCAGCCAGCUGCCUUCCACACCAGAGACCACUUGUGAGAGUUCACUCCGCUGGGGCCAAGCUACUUGGAAUCCGUGGACCGAGGUGUGGUCUGUGGCGUGCACACCAUCUGCCAGACCAAGGCUUGAGGCGGCCGUCACGGUCCUGCCUGCUGACCAUCCGGGGAGGGUCAACCGGCCUGGACCCCGCACGCUUCACUUCCUUGAUCCCAGCACCCAUUUCACGGAGGAGACAGCCCGGCCGGAGAGGGAGCCCGUCCUGCCCGAUGUCCAUCUGGGCUGCCCUGCUCUUGAUCUGGGCGGCCGCCGAGGCCUCCGAGGACUGCCCCGCCGCGUGCGCCUGCCGCGCCUUGGACACCAUGGGGCUGCUGGUGGACUGCAGGGGCCGGGGACUUGCGGUGAUGCCCGCCCUCCCGGCACAUACGCGCCACCUCCUGCUGGCCAACAACAGCCUGCGCUCAGUGCCCCGGGGAGCCUUCGACCACCUGCCUCAGCUGCAGAGCCUCGACGUGGCGCACAACCCCUGGCGCUGCGACUGCGGCGUCACGUACCUGCGCCUUUGGCUGGAGGACCGCGCGCCCGCGGAGCUGCUGCGCGUGCGCUGUGGCGGCCCCGGCCCCGCCUCCGGCCGCGCGCUCGGGCAGCUCAGCGGCUCCGAGCUGGGCAGCUGCGGCUGGGUCCUGCGGGCGACCUGGGCCGACACGGGGCCCUGGUGGGACGCGGCGCUGGCCGUCGUGGCCGCGCUGGGCCUGGCUCUCCUGGCGGGCCUGCUGUGCACCGUCUCCGUGCCCCGAGCCUGAGCCGGGGCCCCCCGGGUCAUCGCGGCCCCGGCCCUGGGCAUUCCAACCACCGGUAGCUCAAAAUAAACCAGCGGCUCAGCCGUUACCCAG